GUGGGACCGGGACCGGGACCUGGGGACUCGUGUAUUCCUGCACCGUGGAGGAUUGGGGACCUUGGGGGACGACGGGAUGGAUCACGUCUGAUAGUCUGAUGGCUGACUGUGUGACUGUCUGUUGACUGUCUCUUGACUGGCAAGCUGGGAAUACCUACCUGCUGGCAGACCCCAGACUUGUCAGAGACGCACUGAUCGCCAAGCACCACAGGCUGGAGGGGUCUUCCCCCAGGAUGGCUGUGCACUUUGCGAGUGGGUGUCUGAGUUCAAUGGCGCAUCUGGCGCUGUUGGACCUGUUUUCGUCAAUCAGAGGGAAGCAGUACGAUGAUCCUCUUCGGUAUGCGUUCCGGCCGAGUGUCCCACGUUUGCGUGAUGACAGUCAGACAUCAAAUCUGCCCCGGCGCCGCCAUUCCAGCACAUUGCCAGUUCUUGCUGAAGUGAAGAACAGACAUAGUCUCAUUAUCGCAUCACGGAUGCAGCUGAAAUGUGUUGACCUUUCCCAGUCAGCCCAGACGCCCCAGCUAGUAUGUAAUUACUACGCAGAGAGUCCCGAGAAAUGCAGAAUGGACCUUUGGGCUGGAAUGUGGGAGAGAUGCUGCCGACACUUUGGGAAUGGUUCCCGCAGGACAGACAGCACGCUCUGCCAUUCAUACGACGCACACUAAAUGGGUGGGCAGGGGACUUGCAUCCGGCCAAGUGCCCGAGCAAACGCGACGGGGUCUCACGGAGCUAAUGCGGGCGUGGCCAUCCAGUCCCGGCUCCCAAGAAACAAAACAUGCUAGCAAGAUUUUUCUGUUUGUGGCAGAGUGGCAGUACGGAUAGGUAAUGCUGAGUCUGCCA